GCCAGACUGCAAUCCACGCACACACGCACCACAGAAACUGCAACCUGCCCAGAAGCAGAGAGGAGGGGUUAGCACACACCUCAGCUGCAAUCACAGAGAUGGAAACAGCAGCAGUGCGGGACUGACUAGCUGUGGUUGCUGCUGCGAAGCUUUUUGAAGGAAACUAACUUCCGGAGAGAAACUUAGUGUCUGCAGUGUCUUAGUAUGUGCAGUGUCUUAGUAUGUGCAGUGUCUUAGUAUGUGCAGGGGGAACUCUGCUUCGCCGCCGGUGACGCUCACCAAAAGCUCUCUCAUCGUCUGAAUUUAGAGAGAGGAGAGAGUCUUAAGCUGUACAAUGCGUUCAGAUAGCAGUUAACGAAACAACCGUGACAUUUUAAUACGCAGCAAACCAGAUGCUAACUCUCACAUUCACCUGGAGAUUUGCUGCAUUCGCGAUGAUCGUGACUACGAGACACUGAGCAGCGGUAUCCCUCCUCUCUCUCUUUCUCCUUACCGCUCUCUCUUUUGUCUUUUUCUCUCUCUCGCUCUCUUCGCGGGUUCACUACAAGACUACCAGCCAUUUAGCCAUUUCAGCAGUGCAAUGGAGCAGCUCAGAUUCAGCACCUUGGACAGCGCUAGAGUUCUACUGUGUUUGUUCGCGAUCCUGGUCCGGUUUACGGUCACGGCCGAGCAGGAGGGAGAGAACCUCUCCGGUCUGUCCACCAACCCGGAUAAAGACAUAUUCGUGGUCCGAGAGAACGGGACCACCUGCCUCAUGGUCGAGUUCGCUGUYCGCUUCACGGUCCCCUUCGAUGUCCUCGCGCUCAACGGSAUAGAUCUUAUCACGGAGAAUGCGUAUCUGGCUCUGCCUCGCGGGGCAGACAUAGAGGGGAAAUGCGGAAGCCAGGACGCCCAUAUACACAUCUCGUGGAAUGAUAACGCCUACACACUCCGCAUCUACUUCGUCAAGGAAACCAGUGGCAAGGGACAUGUGUGGAAGAUUAGCAAGGUGCAGUUCGUUUAUGACACCUCGGAAACGCAUUUCCUCAACUCAUACAACCCUGGGAAGCACACAGCCAGCACCCACCAUUUGUCAGCGUUAGAGACCCCUGCUGGCCGCUCAUAUGUCUGCGAGGCUAAGCAGACACUCACCCUCAUCUCCAGUGACCACCAGAAGGGAGUGACUGUUGCCAUAAGUGACGUCCAGAUCCAGCCCUUCGACAUCAACUCAGAUUUCAUGUUCAGUGAAGCCUAUAAGUGCAUCACGGACCAGCGGGAACAGCUGGAGGAGACUCUUCCUCUGAUCCUGGGCUUCAUCCUGGGCCUCAUCAUCGUCAUCACACUGUCCGUCUACCACUUCCACCUUAAACUGACCGCUGCCACUCAGUUUCAGCUGCCCUGCAACCGAUCCAUGUACAGCAACAUGUAAGGUACUGGACAUUGAAACAGCCACUGUACCACAAAUCUCCCUGGUCAAGAGGAAUAUGUAAGGAAUCAGAUAUUAUCAUCACAAUAGUACAACUCCAUGUUCAAGGUAAUAGGACAUUGAAACAAGCACAACGUGAUGUUCAAGGUAAUAGGACAUUGAAACAAGCACAACGUGAUGUUCAAGGUAAUAGGACAUUGAAACAAGCACAAUGUGAUGUUCAAGUCAUUACAACCACUAUACUAUAAAAUCAAGACAACAUGACCACUCUCCAUUCAAGGAUUGGACAUUAGAACAACAAUCAUUGACUACAAUUAUAACCACAACGCUCCUGCCUCUCCAAAGUCAACCCAUCGUGACUUCCCCUGCUCUGAACUUCAUCAUAUAUUGGAGAGUAGGCCAGAACUUGAUGGAGGCCUAACUUGCAAUAUGGCUAACUUGAGAUAUGCUUUUGAGUAAAACCAUGCAUUGAAGUCAAUUGGAGACUUGCGCAACAUUUGAUUUACGCACAGAGAUUUUUCAGUUAGCAUUCCACCCAUAGGAGGUGUUCUGUUGUUUGUGUCCAGAAAUCGAGGUUAUGUCGAGAAGCCUGCAGUUUGUCAUUCCAUCACCUGUCUCUCUCUGUCUUUUCUGUAAACGCGCCACAAAAGAAACCUUGCAGGUGGCAGGUCCAGAGUUGAUGUUCGGCUGAGGUUUUUACUUUUUCAAAUCCAGUUUUUCCUUUUUGUUUUUGAAUGCAAUCAUAGUGGUGAAAGUGGAGUGUUGUGCUGUGUGCAGGUGUUUCAACGACCUUCAGAAAUCAUGAAAAAUAAAUCAUUUCAGGCAGUGUAUUUACUUUGGUUUGAUGGAUCCUUUUCCAGAUCCCAUUGUAUGGAAUUAUAUCAAGAAAAAAUAUGAAAUAUGUAAAUAAAACAAAUAAAACGUGUUCUG